UACUCGGGAGCCGCUGUGAAGCCGCCGUGUGUGUACAGGAGGAGCCCUCGGAGCCCGUGUCGUCCCCCGGCCGGAAGUGUCCGUGUCGCGCAGUCGUUGCGCCCUCAGCAGCUCUGUGUCACACUCACACACACCGGAAGUGGCGCUGGCUGCGCGGCGGUUUGGCGCCGGUGGAGGGAGUCCUUCGUGCGGCUGUACUUCCGGUCGGCAUUUUGUUCUGUGUGAGGGAGAAGCGGAUCCCGAUUAGCCCGGAGCGGCGGCCGCGCAGUGACCGGACUCCUCCCCUCCGCCGCCAGCCCCCCAGCGCCCUCCUCUCCCUCCAAGCCGUACUCGGCAACCCGCGCUCCCGGGGCGGGGGAAAACAGCGACGCCCGGUGUAAGGAGGACGCACGGAGAGACGCGGCCUGACGGGAAACCAGUCGUGUCCGGGUAGAGAGCGGCCGCGCUGGGCAGUGUACGUGUGCGCGCGGCGGAGGCUCCGGAAUCUUCCCCCCCUUCCCUCUGUUGGUUCCCGGCGGCGGCUGCAGGCGGGAGGGAGGGGGGCAGGCCGGGGGAAGGAGGAGGAGGAGAAGGGAUCGGCUCCUUCCCCGCUCCCCCUCUCUCUACAUGUCCGGAUUAUCCUCAACAGCCUCGGAGUGACGGAGGAUCGGCUCCCCCCAGCGGCCCGGCCUGGAGGCCGCACUCACGGCCUGCCGCUCAGUGUAUAAGGAGAUGGGAAGUAAUGACAGGUGGCACCUCCAUUAAAAUACGUGCAUAGAUUCCACCAUCCUACAGCUUCAGGAUGAAUGGGGAUAUGCCUCAUGUUCCCAUUACGACUCUAGCGGGAAUUGCUAGUCUCACAGACUUACUGAACCAGCUGCCUCUUCCAUCCCCUUUACCUGCUACAACUACAAAGAGCCUCCUCUUUAAUGGACGGAUAGCAGAGGAGGUGAACUGCCUUCUGGCAUGCAGGGAUGAACCUCUGGUGUCUCAGCUUGUCCAUAGCCUCAAUCAGGUGUCAACAGACCACAUAGAACUAAAAGAUAACCUGGGGAGUGAUGAUCCUGAAGGCGACAUACCAGUCCUGCUGCAAGCCACCUUGGCCAGAAAUCCCAAUGUUUUCAGGGAAAAAAGUAUGCAGAACCGAUAUGCAGUGUCAAGUGGGAUGAUGAUGCCUCAGUAUAAGCUUCCCCAGAAUUCCAUGCAUGGCAGCCCAGCAUCUUCCAAUUAUCAACCAACCACUAUCUCUCAUAGCCCUUCCAGUCGAUUUGUGCCACCUCAGACCAGUUCAACAAAUCGAUUUAUUGGCCAGCAAAACAGUCCUGUACCUAGUCCCUAUGCCCCUCAAAGUCCUGCAGGAUAUAUGUCAUACCCUCACCCUGGAAGUUAUUCACAACAUCAACAAAUGCAACAAGCUUCGGUUUCCAGUCCAGUUGUGGCAGGUGGUCUGAGGAACCUGCAUGAAAACAAAGUCUCCGGACAGUUGUCAGGAAACUCUGCAAACCACCAUGCUGAUAAUUCCAGACACAGCACUAGUGAAGACUAUAUGCAGAUGGUACAUAGACUGGGCAGUGAGGAUAGUGAUUCUUCUAUAAGAAAUGCUGCCUCAUUUCCUUUACGAUCCCCACAGUCAGUGUGCUCUCCUGCUGGAAGUGAAGGGACACCAAAAGGAUCAAGAUCAUUAAUUCUUCAAUCCCAGCCUCCUCCCUACACUUCUCCGAGAGAUGCUCCACCUGAUAUUUUGUUGGACUCACCUGACAGAAAGUUAAAAAGGCAGAAAAAGUUAAAGAUGAGCAAAGAUGAGAAGGAGUCAAGUGAAAAGUCAGCAAUGUAUGACAUCAUUAGUUCUCCCUCCAAGGACUCUACCAAACUCACAUUAAGACUGUCACGUGUAAGAUCAUCUGAAAUGGACCAGCAAGGAGACAUUCUCUCCAGCAUGGAGAACAGUAACGUCUCGGAGGGUGAUUCCUCUUUUAAUGUGCAGUAUCCAGGGCACACAUCAAAAACGCCAGUCACUCCACAGGACGUAAAUCGCCCUUUGAAUGCUGCUGAAUGUUACCAAGAGCAGAAUGAAUUCCUGCAAGUACAGCAAGUGCCCGUCCUACAGCCCAACACGUCUGCAACUGCAAAACCGUCUCAACCUCCUGUGGCUCAGUCACAAACCCAACAACCAGGAAACAUAACGCCAUAUGAUGAAAUUGAACUGGAUGCUCUGGCAGAAAUAGAGAGGAUAGAACGGGAAUCUGCCAUCGAGAGGGAACGCUUUACAAAAGAAGUUCAGGAUAAAGAUAAACCUUUGAAGAAGAGGAAGCAAGAUUCCUAUCCAUUAGAAGCUGGAGGUGCUACUGGAGGAAACAGACCAGCUUCCCAGGAGACAAGUGCUGCAGGAAAUGGGUCACGGCCAGCUUUAAUGGUUAGCAUUGAUCUUCUGCAUGCUGGCAGAGCGGACUCUCAGGCAACUGCAACUCAGGACUCAGACUGUGUAAAAAAAUCUGAAGAAACAAAACAUUGUAAUGAUGGAAUUGUUUCAGGAGGUCCUGAAGAUCCAGUUGGGGUUGUAAAAAAUAUAACUGAAAACAAUCCAGGGACUCCAAGAAAGAUGUCCGAGUCAGAAACUGAGAAUCCUGAUAAAUCCAUCCUGAGCACCCCUGCUAAACAGCCAGCUGACCUUGUGCAGGAGGAGUCACUGAAAGAAGGCAAACCUUGUGACAUCAAAGCAGAGCCACCUGAGAUUGUUGAGGAACCUAUGGUUUGUGAAAACAGCAAAAAUGAGACAAAGCCUGAACUAAGUGAGCAGAAUCUUGCUGUCAAUAAGAUGGAAAGUAAAACAGGAGACUUAAAGGAGGAUGUAAAGACUGAGGCACAACUUGGGGAUUCAUCAAAUGACUUAAAGCCUUGUGAAAUCCAGGAGGGAGUUAAAAUAAAUGAAAAUCUCAAUGACUCUAAUAAAGAAGAUGAAAAACAGCAGCCAAGUACUCCAAAGCUGCGUAGUCAAGGCAAAUCGGACACUCCCAAACAAAAACCUGAGUUAAGGCCAGAGACCCCAAAACGGGGUGACUGUAAACAAGAACAGGGCAAACAAAAGUCUGAGAGCAAAUCUGAGAGCAAAUCUGAGAGCAAAUCUGAGCAACCAAAACAGAAAGGUGAUGGUCGGCCUGAUACUCCCAAGCAGCGGUCUGAUAAUCCUAAACAAAAAACUGAUGGGCGCCCAGAAACACCGAAGCAUAAAAACGAUGGAAGACCUGAAACUCCUAAGCAAAAGAGUGAAGGCCGACCUGAAAGCCUAAGGCAGAGAAGUGAUUCCCGACAAGAAGGUCAGAAACAAAAAAGUGACGAGCGUCCUGUUUUGACUAGACAGAAAAGUGAUGGUCGACCAGAGACGCCAAAACACAAACAGGAUAACCGAAAAGACCACAACAGACUCUCCUCUGACAAGAAACCAGAUUCAUCCAAACAUAAAACAGAUUUGAAACCAGAGUCUCCUAGGGUCAAGCCUGAUAGUCGCUCUGUGGCUAAGCAGAAGGUUGACGGGAGAACAGGUCAUGAAUCUUCAAAGCGAGAUCCUGACAAUCCAAAACAGAAAUCUGAUGACAAGAGUGACGGGAAGGGAGAUCAAUCCAAGGUUAGGAAGCCAGAGUCUUUAAGGUCUUUCAACAAAAAUGAACAUGGAAGUAAGCCUGAUCCUUCCAAAAAGGAUAAUCCUGAGCGAAAGCACAGGCAUGAUUCUGAUGAGUCCAGGGACAGACUUUCUUCUGGGGAGCAGAGAUUAAGACCGGGAAGCCCACGGAUUAAAUCUGACAACAAACCAGACCCAAGUAAAUCAAAGACGGAUAAACCUGCAUUAAGAUCUGUGACUGGUAAAGAUGACAAAAGGACCGAUGGGAAUAAAUCUAAGGUGGAUGGGAAUAAAUCACAUGGGGAUAAAAAAGAAGGGUUCCCAAGUUACUUGUUGGGUAAGAGUCAGGGUGCACUGAAAAACUUUGUCAUUCCAAAACUUAAGAGGGAUAAGGAUGGCAAUGUUACCCAGGAGCCUAAGCGAACGGAACAGAAAGCUGAUAAAGUGGGUCUUGUGGAAGAUCUUAACAAAGGAGCCAAGCCUGUAGUGGUUCUGCACAAAAUGUCUUUGGAUGAGGUACAAAAACUCAUUAAAGAAAGAGAAGACAAAACCAAGGGAUCUAUGAAGUCUAAUAAGAACAAGCCAUCGAGAUCCAGCAAAGGGGGCAUUGACCAGUCUGUUUUGAAAGAGCUUCCUCCUGAGCUGGUGGCAGAAAUCGAGUCAUCCAUGCCAAUCUGUGAACGUGUGAAAAUGAACAAACGGAAGCGGAGCACUGUGAACGAGAAACCCAAAUAUGCAGAGAUCAGCUCCGAUGGCAACUCAAGCGAAGAAGAAGUUGAACGUUCUAAGAAAAGACCCAGAAAGGAUAAGAAUGAUGAGGAUUGGAAAUGCGAAGAGAGAGAGCGACGAAGUUCAGGGGAUCACCGGCGGAGUGGGAAUGACAACAGACGGAGCAGCCGCUACAGGGAUCGCAGCCCUGAAGACUCUGAUAUGGAGGACUCUCCACCUCCAAGUCUCAGUGAAGUUGCUCGACGAAUGAAGAAGAAAGAACGACAGAAGAAAAGAAAAGCCUAUGAACCCAAGCUUACUCCAGAAGAACUGAUGGAUUCAUCCACUUUUAAGAGAUUUUCAGCGGCAGUGGAAAAUAUUUUAGAAAAUUUGGAAGAUAUGGACUUUAGCAAUUUUGGUGAUGAUGAAGAGAUCCCUGCAGACCUGCUAUUAGGAAAACACCAACUGAAUGAGCUUGGCAGCGAGUCAGCAAAAAUAAAAGCAAUGGGCAUCAUGAAUAAAAUUUCUUCUGAAAAAAUGGUCAAGUUACUUGGGAUUCUCGAGAAGAAUAUCCAGGAUGGUUCCAAGCUUUCCACCAUGCUGAAUCAUAACGAUACAGAAGACGAGGAAAAGCUAUGGCGAGAUUUGAUCAUGGAACGAGUUACCAAAUCUGCCGAUGCCUGUUUGACAGCUAUAAACAUUAUGACAUCUCCCACUAUGCCUAAGGCGGUUUAUAUUGAGGAUGUUAUUGAGCGUAUUCUUCAGUACACUAAGUUUCAUUUACAAAACACACUUUAUCCACAGUAUGAUCCUGUUUAUAGGGUCGAUCCCCAUGGAGGGGGACUGAUGAGUUCAAAAGCAAAACGUGCAAAAUGUUCAACUCACAAGCAGAGGGUGAUAGUAAUGCUGUACAACAAGGUGUGUGACAUUGUGGCCAGCCUGUCAGAACUCCUAGAGAUACAGCUGCUUACGGACACAACCAUCCUGCAGGUGUCUUCAAUGGGAAUUACACCUUUCUUCGUGGAAAGUGUCAGCGAGUUGCAACUGUGCGCCAUCAAGCUGGUCACUGCGGUAUUUUCCAGGUACGAAAAACACAGGCAGCUGAUUUUGGAGGAGCUGUUCACCUCUCUUGCAAGACUGCCAACAAGUAAAAGAAGCUUAAGGAAUUUUAGGUUGAACAGCAGCGAUGACGACGGGGAAGCCAUGUACAUACAAAUGGUAACCGCACUAGUCUUACAGCUGAUACAGUGUGUCGUGCACCUUCCAUCUGAUAGAGAGCAUACAGAAGAAGAGUCAAACAAGAAAAUCGACCAAGAUGUCUUUAUCACCAACUCCUAUGAAACUGCCAUGCGGACUGCGCAAAAUUUUCUAUCUAUUUUUCUCAAAAAGUGCGGAAGUAAACAGGGGGAGGAAGAUUACAGGCCUCUGUUUGAAAACUUUGUUCAGGAUCUUCUGUCUACUGUUAACAAGCCUGAGUGGCCAGCAGCUGAACUCUUGCUGAGUUUGCUUGGUCGGCUCUUGGUUCAUCAGUUUAGUAACAAGUCUACAGAGAUGGCGCUACGUGUGGCUUCGUUGGACUACUUAGGGACAGUAGCAGCACGACUCAGGAAGGACGCAGUUACCAGCAAGAUGGACCAAGGAUCUAUAGACCGGAUACUAAAGCAGGCCCCUGAAGGUGAAGAUGAGAUUCAGAAGCUCCAGAAGGCCCUGUUAGAUUACCUCGAGGAAAACACAGAGACAGAUCCAUCUCUAGUGUUUUCUAGGAAGUUUUAUAUAGCUCAGUGGUUCCGUGACACUACAAUGGAGACGGAGAAAGCCAUGAAAUCCCAAAAGGAUGAGGACUCUGAAGGAGCACACCAUGCAAAAGAGGUUGAGUCCACAGGAGAAAUCAUGCAGCGAGCAGAAAAGCGCAAAAAAUUCCUCCGCAGCAUCAUUAAAACAGCACCAUCACAGUUUAGCACUUUGAAGUCAAGUUCUGACACAGUUGACUAUGAUGAUGCUUGUUUGAUCGUGCGAUACUUGGCCUCUAUGAGGCCGUUUGCCCAGAGUUUUGAUAUUUAUUUGACCCAGAUUCUGCGGGUACUAGGGGAGAAUGCAAUUGCUGUCCGAACGAAAGCCAUGAAGUGUUUGUCAGAAGUUGUAGCUGUAGAUCCUAGCAUUCUUGCCAGGUUGGAUAUGCAGCGAGGAGUUCAUGGGAGACUGAUGGACAACUCGACCAGUGUGCGAGAAGCGGCUGUGGAGUUGCUUGGACGUUUUGUUCUUUGUAGACCUCAGCUUGCUGAGCAGUAUUAUGAAAUGCUUGUUGAGAGGAUACUGGACACUGGUAUCAGUGUAAGAAAGAGAGUGAUAAAGAUUUUGCGAGAUAUCUGCUUGGAGCAGCCAACUUUUCCAAAAAUUACUGAGAUGUGUGUUAAGAUGAUCCGCAGAGUAAAUGACGAAGAAGGCAUCAAGAAAUUGGUGAAUGAGACAUUCCAGAAACUCUGGUUCUCACCAACCCCACAAAAUGAUAAAGCGGCGAUGACCCGGAAAAUCCUAAACAUAACAGAUGUGGUUGCUGCUUGCCGGGACACCGGGUACGACUGGUUUGAACAACUACUUCUAAAUCUCCUAAAAUCAGAAGAGGAUGCCUCGUACAAACCUGUGAAAAAGGCCUGUACACAAUUGGUGGACAACCUAGUUGAACACAUUCUCAAAUAUGAGGAAUCAAUGGCUGAUUCGGAUAGUAGAGGUGUGAAUUCUGGAAGGCUGGUUUCUUGUAUCACCACUUUGUUCUUGUUUAGCAAAAUUCGGCCUCAGUUGAUGGUAAAACAUGCCAUGACCAUGCAGCCGUACCUCACCACUAAAUGUAGUAAUCAGAAUGAUUUCAUGGUAAUAUGCAAUGUAGCAAAAAUUUUGGAGCUGGUUGUGCCACUAAUGGAACAUCCGAGUGAGACUUUCCUCGCCACUAUAGAGGAAGAUCUCAUGAAACUCAUUAUCAAAUAUGGCAUGACGGUGGUACAGCAUUGUGUGAGUUGUCUCGGAGCUGUGGUAAACAAAGUAACACAGAAUUAUAAGUUUGUGUGGGCCUGUUUUAAUAGAUAUUAUGGUGCUCUUAUAAAGUUAAAAACUGAGCAUCAAGAAGACCCAAACAGUACAGUCCUGACCACAAACAAACCAGCUCUCCUGCGCUCACUUUUCACUGUUGGUGCCCUCUGUCGACACUUCGAUUUUGACCAAGAAGAUUUCAAGGGUAGCAGCAAAGUAAGUGUCAACAUUAGGGACAAAGUUUUGGAGUUGCUUUUGUACUUUACAAAACAUUCAGAUGAGGAAGUGCAAACAAAAGCCAUUAUUGGACUUGGGUUUUCAUUCAUUCAACAUCCAAUUCUUAUGUUUGAAGUGGAAGUGAAAAAUUUGUACAACAAUAUUCUCUCGGACAAGAACUCCUCAGUGAACUUAAAGAUCCAAGUUCUAAAAAACCUCCAGACCUACCUACAAGAGGAAGACACGCGGAUGCAACAAGCCGACAGAGACUGGAAAAAAGUUUCAAAGCAGGAAGACCUGAAAGAGAUGGGAGAUAUUUCCUCAGGGAUGAGCAGCUCCAUUAUGCAGCUUUACCUCAAACAGGUUUUGGAGUCGUUCUUUCACAAGCAGUCAAGUGUCCGGCACUUUGCUCUCAAUGUCAUUGCAUUGACGCUAAACCAGGGUCUCAUCCAUCCUGUACAGUGUGUGCCAUAUCUGAUUGCAAUGGGGACAGACCCUGAGCCAUCCAUGCGGAACAAAUCAGACCAGCAACUGGUUGAGAUAGACAAGAAAUACACUGGAUUCAUCCAUAUGAAAGCGGUAGCUGGCAUCAAGAUGUCCUACCUGGUUCAGCAAGCAAUUACUUCAGACCCCAAGCGCAUGGUGCGUGGCUUCCGGCAAGAUGAGUCCACCAGCGCGCUAUGCUCCCACCUCUAUUCUAUGAUCCGAACGAACCGUCAGCACAGACGAGCUUUCCUCAUCUCAUUACUCAACCUGUUUGAUGAUGCUGCGAAAACGGAAGUGACUAUGCUCCUGUAUAUAGCAGACAAUCUAGCCUGUUUUCCAUAUCAAACUCAGGAGGAGCCACUGUUCAUAAUGCAUCACAUAGACAUUACAUUAUCUGUCUCGGGUAGUAAUCUGUUGCAAUCAUUUAGAGAGUCAAUGGUAAAAGGGGGAAAGAGCAAGAAAAAAACCAAGGCAGAAUCAGCUGAUGAAGACAGUGAAAGCGAGGAGGAGGUAGUGAAGCCAACCAGAAGAACAAGAAGGCGAGCAGCCUCAGAGUCCGAUUCUGAUGAGGAGGAGGGCGUAGAUCAUGUCCUGAACUGUCUGCCAGAUGAUGCUGCACCACUCAUCGAGUUUGCAAAUGCUUCACAAGGAAUUCUCUUACUUUUGAUGCUGAAGCAGCAUUUGAAAAACCUCUGUGGUUUCUCCGAUAGUAAAAUUCAGAAGUAUUCACCGUCUGAGUCUGCAAAGGUAUAUGAUAAGGCUAUAAAUAGGAAAACAGGAGUUCAUUUUCACCCUAAGCAAACCCUGGAAUUCCUUAAGAGGGAUAUGUCCAGCAACAAGAUUAAUGAUGACAUCAAGAGGACCAUUGCAAAACAAUAUUUGGAUUUCAAGUUACUCAUGGAACAUUUGGACCCUGAUGAGGAAGAGGAGGAAGGAGAGGUGUCUGCUAGCACAGAUGCUAGAAACAAAGCCAUUACCAAUUUGCUUGGAGGUAACAGCCCUAAAAAUAAUGUGGCUGAGACUGAGGAAGAAGAAAGUGAAGCGGAGGAGAAAGCUGGGGGCACGUCAGGAUUAAGAAAAUCGAAAAGGUUAUCCGACUCUUCAGAUCUAUCAGGCCACAUGAAUGAGACGGUCGAUGUCCAGGAUGUAAUUGCAAUUUGUUGUCCAAAGUACAAGGAUCGGCCACAGAUUGCAAAAGUUGUUCAGAAAACCAGCCAUGGGUUCAGUGUUCAGUGGAUGGCGGGCUCCUACAGUGGCACUUGGGCUGAGGCCAAACGCCGUGAUGGACGAAAGCUUGUGCCUUGGGUCGAUACAAUUAAAGAGUCGGACAUCAUUUACAAAAAAAUAGCGCUAACGAGCGGAAAUAAGCUGACUAAUAAAGUUGCUCAGACUUUACGAUCGCUGUAUGCAGCCAAGGAUGGGACUUCCAGCUAAUAAUACAUUUGUAUAUUUGCAGCCAAAAUUUACAGGAAAAAAUACAAAAAUACAAAAAAAAGUCAUAAACUUGAAAUCUCAGCAUUCUGGCAAAAAAUUAAAACACGAGAGAAAAAAAAACAAAAAUUUAAAGAUCAGUUUUAUGAAGCGUAAGAAUGGGAACUUGGCCGCCUGAAGGAAAUGUUUGGAAAACAUUGUUGUGGGAGCUUCCUUCGCUGUUGUACAGCAGAAACUUCUCAGUUCAUUUUUACUCCCACUGUAUUAUAGUUUAACAAAAAUUUGUUUAUAUCUUGAAGAAUACUUUCUGUUUAAAAAAAAGCGAAAAAAAAUUACAAAAAAUAAACAAGUGAAUGUUGAAAAUUAGUCUGUUAAUGUUCUUAAUAAAGUGUUCUUGGAGUUUAACCUAGCAGCGGAUGGCUUUCUUUAGCUUAGCCCGGUUUUCAGGAGAAGCAUCAAUUUUAUUUUUUACGUUUUUUUCCAGGCUGUAAAAUGGCAGAAUGUUCUGAACACAUAAUUUAUUCUGUUGGGGGGAGGGGAGCAUGCAGUAUCUAUGACAUUAUCUGCAGGAGAUUAUUUUUUAUUAGUUCUAUUUUAUUUUUACAUUUUUUUUUGUUUUGUUUGUAAAUGUAGAUUUUUUUGAUGUAUUGAGUCACCCUGAAAUUUUAAGCGCGAAAAGGGAUCCCGAGAAUACCUGCUGGAGAAAAUACUGCAAUAAAUUUUUUUACUUCUUUGUUAUUUGUCUGUUUCCAUUUGAAUUUCUUAAUGUAAAUCUGUUUAAAAUCCUAUUAUAUUAUUACUUUGAGGUCUUCUAUGUAAAAGUAACUUUUUUUUUUCUAAAUACACGCAAGGCAUAAAUAUUGUUAAUACAGUUUGUAUAGGCUUAAAUAACCGCUAUGUUUUUAUUUUCAGCCCUCUAUCUGAAGGGACAUAGACAAAAUUUUAACUCCUGACUUUAUUGUAUCUUGAAAUAUUUAGUGUUUAUCUUUAUGAACUAGCACUGUGCCAA